AUGUCGUUGAUAUUCAACGCCCCCGCCUUUGCCGUAGAUGUGGGCAUCAAACUUGUAUACGGUUUCAUUGGUGGCUGUUGGCUCGUGGUUAUUUAUCGAAUGGUAUCAUUGGGGGGUCAAUUGGCUAUUCUACCUCUUCCAUCGUCAUUUCCUCGUUACCCGGCUUUUUCAUCCACGUCCACCACCACAGAGUAUUGGUUAUCGCUGGGAGGCGAAAUUCUCUUUGCCAUCAGCCUGCUAGAAGUAAUCUUUUCCAUAUACUGUCUUUACUUAAUCCGAUGCGCCCAGGCUUUACCCCAUUCGACACCCCGUUCACUCGAGCUCUUGAAGGAUUUGAUUAUCCAUGCCCUGGGAAGUGGGCUCGAGUCUGAUCCAUCCUCUCCAUAUAGAAGAACCACCGACGAAAAAGAGCAUGAUCCAGAUUUAGGAAUAGCCCCGUCGACUGAAUUUUUGACCAAACCAUUACCAUUUGACCACCCGAAAGCCAAAGAUUUCCGAGAGAAUCAUUCAAUAUGGUUCCAAAAUUGCCGCUGGGAAGAUAUAUACCGGGAGAACCACCUCGAAUGGCUCUGUGCCGCCCUUCUGAACAAGUCUUUGGAGGAAGUUAAAGAGGAGGACAAGCUCAAGUCAAAGGAAGAUGCUACCCUGCCGCAUUUGGACGAACUUGUGGUCGCCUACGAGAAGCGAGUGGGGGUAAGGCUGCCAGAUGGAUACAACGAAUACUUGAGCGACAAAACGAUUAGGCUAUUUAAGGAUCCAGUCAGAGCCAGCCUGAGACCCUUAACACUUUCUUAUGGACUCACGUGGACGGCGAACGAGAUAAUCCGGCAGAUCUUGAGAUACAAAGGUUUUGAACUCAAGUGCUGCUCCAAUCGAAAAAAUGGUCUCAAGUACUUCGUCAGAGUACCCGAUUCGUGGAAAAAACUACCCGCUGAUCAGAGACCUCCCGCCCUUCUAUUCAUACACGGAAUCGGAACGGGAUUCCUUCUGUAUAAUACCUUGAUUAAGUACUUGGCGUUUUCAGCGUGGGGUAAUGAAAGACCCGUGAUGAUAUUCGUCCAGCCUCAUAUUUCGAUGGAGAUAUUCUCACCGGCUUACUUUCUUCCACCUAAUGAAACUCAACUGACCGGUGAUGUAAACGAGGUUUUCGAGGAUCUUGGAUUCCAUGAGACAGGAGUUGAACUCUUAGCACAUUCAAACGGGACGGUGGUUUCAGGCUGGAUAAUAAAAGCUUUCCCAAAGCUCGUCAAGAGGUGUUGCCUCUUAGAUCCAAUUUGUUUUGGUGAGUGGGAAGGUCACGUGUGCUACAACUUUUUGUAUUCACAACCAAAGACAGGGUUGGAAAAGCUACUUCGAUUCGGAAUGGCGGAAGAAUUGGGAACGGCUUUUUACACUCGGCGACGUUUCAACUGGGCAGACGCGGUUUUAUGGCCACACCAGGUUCCCGGCUUCCGUGACCCCAAACGCUUCAUCGUACUUCUAUCGGGUAAAGAUGCAAUAAUCAAUGCCAGUAGAAUCCGCCGCUAUCUACUGGACGGAGGAAUGACAGACGCUUUUCCAGUACCUCCAGACACGUCCAACUCCUCCCAAGGACACGACGAGCCGCUCAUUCAAGUUGAGAUUGAUAGACCAGACUCUAGGCCGGUAACGGGAAAUACUAGCCCCAGCGAACGAAUCGGCAGUGGUGGGAUUCUCUUCGAUUCUGGGGCUGCCCAUGGGCAAGCAUUAGUUCCUGGUCAUCCUUACUUAAAAGCAAUCAUCGGCUGGCUCGAAGGCGAUGGAAUCCGAAUGAAGAACGAUGCCCAGUGA